AUGGAAGGGGCGGGUGUAUGGGACGAGUUACCUUCAUGUAUGAUUAUUAAAGGUGUGUGCGACUACGCUGACUCGCACAAGUCAAAAGGAUGGCAGAGAUAUGCCGCGGCAACAGCCGCAUCAACGGCGAAAGCUCUACUAGGAAAGUACUUCACAAACCGGCAGUCAAAGUCACCGAAGCAGCACCGGAUAUUCUCUGUGCCUUUCGCUGAGAACGAUAGCUUUGUUGGUCGCGAUAAUGUGAUUAAAUCGCUGAUGGAUAUGCUAUUCGCCAAGAGAAAGGGUCGUGUUGCUCUGGAAAAAGAACCAGCGCGCAGCGUACUCUGGCUACCCGCGUUUAGCAUGGCGGCCUUUGAACUGGCCUGUAUGGAUCUUGUCGAAAAACUAAACCUCCCAAGAAAUAAGGACAAUAAUGAUGGUAGGGAGCUCAUUCAGCAGCAUCUGAGUUUAGAGAGCAUCGGCCGAUGGCUUCUCAUUCUGGACAAUGCGGAUAGUGAAGAAGUCAUGCAUGGAUGUGAAGGUGUUCCAGGAAUAUUUGCCUACCUACCAAGGAGUCAGCAUGGCCAGGUCCUAGUCGGCUCAAAUAAGUGA